AUGACCCGGGCCCGCACCACCCCAACCCGCACCGAUUCCCUCGCUGACCGGCACCAUCCCAACGCCCCCGCCCGGGAUUUUUCCCGUUUGUUCGGCUCUAACUCGCGGCCGCCCCGUGCCGCCCCCGCCCCGCCCCGCCCGCGCCGCAGCCGCACGAACUUCAGCCCGGAGCAGCUGGCGGCCCUGGAGCGCGCGUUCGAGGACACGCACUACCCGGACGCGUCCACGCGGGAGGAGCUGAGCCGCCGCCUCGGGCUGUCGGAGGCGCGGGUGCAGGUCUGGUUCCAGAAUCGCCGGGCCAAGUGCCGGAAGCAGGAGACCCAGACCCACGCAGGCGUCCUCCUCGGCCCCCCAAGAACUCUGGAUGCCUGCCGCGUGGCUCCGUACGUCAGCAUGGCCACCCUGCGCGUGCCCUUCCCGCAGGUGCGUCACUUCCUGUCUGCGGGGUCACGUACAGCCCACUCCCAGGCCCGCCUCCAGCCGCUUCCGGCCGCUGGCCCCGCCCCUUUCCUGAUGUUUCCGCCACCGCACUUCACGCUGCCGAUGACGUCACUGGCCGAGUCAGCCAACAUGGCCGCCUCCAACAUGGCCGCCUCCAACAUGGCCGCCAGGGCUGGCGGCAGCAGCAGCUCGAGCAUCGAGGACCUGAGGCUGAAGGCGCGGAAGCAUGCGCAGGCCCUGGGGCUUUGA